AUGUGGUGGCUCAGGCUGGUGGUCAUCUCGACCACAGCCGUUAGCCAUGGUUGGUGGGCGGGCCCAGAAGGACCGCUGGAUGCGGAGCCGCCGGAAGAGCGGACAGGAUGGCGGCAGCACCUGAGGGAAUGGCUCCCUGGUGGUGAGCGACAGCUCAAUGCCACGGAAGAGUGGUUUCUCGGCCUGGCCAGUUGGGGUCGAGAGCUGGAAGGUGCCUCGACCUGGGGCAGCUGGGAUGUGGCGCUGUGGAUGAUCGUGGACACCCUCUUCGGCAUGAUCGGGUGGGCGCUCUUCGGCAGUGCUUGGACUAAGGUUCGCACCGGGUGUCGCCGGCUCCUCCAGGUCCUGGUGGUGCUGGGACUUUGCCUGGUCGCUCACUAUGUGUGGGCGGUUUGCUACCCCGUCGUGUCGCUCUUGAUCCGGGCCUGCAUGGCGAUGGCAUGGCUACUUCGCAAAGUACUACGAGGAGUUGGGGCCUUUGCUUUUUGGUUCCAGCGAGUUACAGGAGGCUCUCCAGAAGCCUCUGAAGCUGAGUUCGUGGGACCUGCCACCGGACGGACACCUGAAACCUCCCAACUCCGAGCUUUCAAGAGGUCUGGUGAGCAGCGCAAGUACAUGGUGGUGAAGAGAGGAGAAGAUGCAGCUGUCUUCGCCAUUGGCACGGACUCCCAGUCCAUCAAGACCCACGGCCUCUAUGUCCCUGUGGAGUGCAACACGAUCCGCGGUUCUCCUGCCUUGGUGAGGCGGCUCCGGGAUGUCGAGAAGGUGCACCUAUGCCGGAAUGAGGCCUGCACAGAAGAAGGCGGAGAACACUUCGCCGUGUACGGGUUAGUUCGGAAGAAUGACCCGGAGAGAUUCCAGAUGGCCCAAGCACGUGAGGGUGCACGCAAGGUGACCCAGGACUUUUGGGCUUGGUUGAAAGGGUCCCCACUGACUGAAGGUACUUCACAGCUGAUGCACCGCAUUCGGGAGUUGGGUUCAGAAUCGGAGCAAGAGGAGGAGCAUCUGGUUUGUUGUGGCAGCCUGGUCACAUGGCGGGGCCCUGAUGGAGUGAUGCAGUGUUUGGCCAACCGGCCAUGUGGUGCCCGUGCUCAACACUUUGGGCAACUCCUACAGGAUGAUGUCCCCACUCAGUGUGGCGCAGUUGCAUUGUGCGGGGAACAUGCCACCCAAUACUUGACCCGGCGUUAUCCGGACAAGUGCAGCGUGACCUUCUGCAAAAGGUUCGGCAACAAGUUGCAGCAUGGGGUGGUUUGGUGUUCGGAGGGGGCAGGUAGCCUGCUGGAAGAGUUCUUCGAGAUCUUCGCGGCAGGGAAAGCUGAUGGGCUUCGUGAAGACCAAGCGCGCAAAAGGCUAGGGGCUGACCGUCUACUACCACCAGGUGAUCUCCUUAGGCAAUUGGUGGGGGAGGCGGAGAACGAGCAGGCGCAAGGGCGACGGGGGCUCUCUCGGUUCUUGACCACCUGGCGGAAGGAGCUGGCAAAGUUGGAAAGACCUCGCGGAGACGGAGAAGGUUGCAGUGAUUGGAGUAUGGUGGAAGGUGGCAGUCAGACCACGACUCCUGGGGAUACUCCUGAGAAGGAUGGUGAUAGGGCUACAUCCUUGCCUUUAGCUUCGUCUUUGCGGGCCUCCGCAUCCAGGACAAGGCCUACGUUGGAACCAGCACCUCCCCCUGGAUUGGCAGAAGGCGGUCAGCAAGUGCCUCAGGUAGAGGAGAAGCGGGGGGAUGGACUACGAGUGGCACCUCCCGGGAUCUAUCGCCCAGACACCAGGGCUGGCGCCAGGACCGAUAGUGGAGCCUCCGCAGAACCCGUGGCCCAGAUUGCCAAGGCCAUCCAACAUCAAACCGCAGAACUAGCUUCUUUGGUCCGCCAACAGACGGAAGGAACUGGAGGCCAGCCCCCGGGUACCAUCCGAGGGCUCAACAAGCAAUCGGAGGAACUGGUGUUCUUGCUUCGAGCUUGUGGCCAGUACCAGGUGCGCGUGGGAGAAGGAGAACAUGGACAAGCACUGGCCAAUGCUCUGUUGUCUGCGCAAGUGGGGGCAUCCACGAAGCUUCGGGCAGCAGGCUUCCGCCAACGGAUGUCGACACGGUUGGCUGUGGGGAUUGCAGGGCCGUACUGGGGCACUCAGGAGAAGUACGGACUAGGCGCCGCGGACUUCCUCUCCUACACCGAUGCCGAGCUCGACCAGUUCGCCUCCGAGGUCAAGGUGAUGAAGAACACCGACCAGAGACCUCCACCUCCAUCCAGGUUUGAUGAAUGGACUGCUCGGGUACGACGCCAGACAGAUGUGUGGUGCUUGGUGUAUGGGGAGGAGUGGAGGGCCGUACGUACUAACGCCCUCAACCUCUUGUCGGAGUGGCACCUGUCUCAUCCUCAUCGGUGGCCUCUGGCAAUUGUCAUCGACAUCUGGGAGGAAAUUCACUGGCGAUUUCUGGAGGAGCUCAAAGAUGUGCUUCGGAACCUCAAGAAGGAGAUUGCAGAGAAACAAUCAGCCUCACUGAGCUCAAGUUCCACGCACUACUCCCUGGACCAGACGGACAAGCCUGGUGGUCUGAAACGGAUGAAGCUUGAGAGCCCGGACACCGUGACCACCAAGAUCAAAGACAUCCGGUCCAAGAUGCGGGUGGAGAAGACCGACAAGAUCCAAGAUGGAAAGAAACGGUCAAAGGCCGGGAGCACCCCAGCGGCCGCUGGGACGGAAUCCGGGGAGCAGGAGGCAACAGAAGAUGGCCGAGCUGGAGGAGAAGGACCAAAAGUGCGAUUUUGGGACGUUCCGGAGGAGUUCGAGGUCGACUACACCAAGGGCGAGGACCUUAAAGAGGUGAUCCAGGGGCCGGACUACGCUUGGCAUCAAGAUGUUCAUCGUGAUCUUCCUCCUCAUCGCGGUCGAGAAGGGGCUUCGGCACCGCGAGAGGCGAAGCAUCUGGUCCAGAAGGCUCAGGAGCUAGGAAAGUCGCCCGCUCUUCAGGCUUUGGAGGGAUCCACCGAUGAUCUGUACGCAUGGGCUGCUGCUAGGGUUGCAAGGGAGCCCGGGGUCGAGCUCUCUUCGCUUCUACAGGAGAUGGCGACCUAUGGAAUGGGAGAACUUGCACGUGAAGCGGCUGAACUACUGGAACAACGAGAAGGAACCAAGGCGGGCUCAGCGCGGCUGGUGGUCCGAGACACACUUUGGGCAGACGGACAACCAGGUCAAGGAAGCGUCGAGCUCGACGGCACCACUUGGCGGCUUUGGGACUACCAGGAGGACAUCAUGAUGACGGAGGAUCUGGCGGCCCUUCUUCACCUACCGGAAGUGUCCAUCGAAUGGCGGCAGUGCGUGACCAUCACUAUGGCGGCUAUGGUCGAGUGGAAGGAGAAGGGCCGACGGCCGUCAGUGGAACAGGUCCAGACUAGAGCACAAACCCUGAGGCUGGAGCAGACCAGGUUGGCAGUGGACGCGGCCAACACCAUCGGCGAGGCGGAGGAGGUGGUCGCAGCGGUGGAGCACGAAGUCAGGACCUACAUUCAUGACCUCACCACAGCUCACCAUGAGAAGGACUUUCGCUCGCUUGCAGUCUUUCCGUUGGAAGCCCUUGCCGAUUGCCGCUUGGUGGUUUUCCGUGCGGAUUACCGGGGGGGAUUGGUUGUGGAGUGCAUCAUUGGGUCCAACUGGAUAGAUGGGGGCUGGACGACCUUUGCAAUGAUUUGGAAAGGUCACAUGGCCCUCUUGGAACCGCCAGACGGUUACGACCUCGAGCGCUUCCUGGCCAGAGAGGAUCCUCAGACGACACCGGCUAUGGGGUUCACGUUCUUUUGGCAUGCUCGUCAUGAUCAACCUCCCACCGCACCAGGCAAGAUUUUCUGCAGGUUGUGCAAAGCAGGUCGCAAGGCUGGGGAGUCGCACAAUGCACCAAGGCAUAGCUGCUUGUCCUACACAGCCGCCACUGCCGGAGGCACUAUGGACAUCCACCACGACCACAACGUGAUUCGAGCGGUCUACGAGCACCCCCAUGACAAGCAGGGCUACAGGGCACAUUUCGACUUGAGCCGGAAGGACGUCCACCACAAGUUCCUGGAAGAGGUGCGCAAAGGGCCUUCCAAUGUGCACUGGAUUGCAGCCCCAUGCACUAGCUACUGUGAUUGGCAGCAAAAGAACGGCGGGACCCGUACCUUCGAGUGUCCCGAAGGCACCGGGCAAGGACCCUUGGCUGCUACCGAGGCAAUGGGCAAUGUCCUGAGUGCGCAUGCCGCAGAGCUCUUCGAGGCUUCGCUGGAUUCGGGUGCCUUUCCGCUAGUCGAGUCUAGUGGCGUCAGUGGACGUUAUCCCAAGCAAUGGGAUCUGCCGUGCUGGAAGCGCAUCCUCAACCGACCUGACGUCGAGUAUGUCGACCUGCCCAUGUGCGCCUUCGGUCUUGGACCCCCUGAUGAGCCAGAUCAUUUCUAUGUGCACAAGACCAGGGUGGUCUUUCCACUUCAUCCGCCAUUGCGGCGGGCGCUACGGCGAGUGGUCUUCGGGGUCAAGGCGGAGACGACGGAGGAAGUGAGGGUGCCCUACUACCCGGCGGAGAUGGCGGAGAUAGUGAAGGUGCCCUACUACCCGGCGGAGAUGGCGGAGACGCUGGCGGAGACGGCGGAGAUGACCUACCCGGAGGAGAUGGCGGAGGUGUCCUACGAGGCGACCAACCUGACGGAGAUGGCGGAGAAUCCCUACCAGGCGGAGAGAGCGGAGGUGGCGGCCUACCUGCUGGAGACGGCGGAGCUCCUGAAGGAAAGGACGGCAAGGGCGAUGGCUUGCUGGAAUCGACCGGGUGAUCCCUAUGCCAUGGAGACCGAUGAGAAGUUCAUCAGAGGCGGGAGGAAGUCCACCAGGGUCGACUACCCGUAUGGCUUGUCGAGAGCUGAGCGGUAUCGCCUGGCCGUCGAGAAAGGGAAAGGAAAAGGGGCUUCCUCUCGAGGUGCUGCGGGCGCUCAAGGAGAUCCUGACCGAGGAGGGGAGGAGGUCAUGCAGGGAGUGUGGGCAGAUCCUGUGGGCCCAUCCACCAGUGUGGAUUACCACCGCACCAGCCCGACUGGACCAGGCGAUCGCUGGGGGCCGCCGCAACGGUGGCACUACAACCCGUCCCGCAGACAACUAUGGAGAGUUCAUGAUGAACGCCGGAUGACCCUCUACGUCCCGUCGGAGAUGGGCCUACCUACGCCUCUUGCCCACCUGACCAAUGAGAGAGUCACCCAUCUUCGAGAAGGGGCAAACCAGGUUGUCAUCACGGAUGAUUGGCGCGCAGUUGGAGAGGCUGAUCCAGGGUAUGGUAGGUGGACCGGCGUGACCGUCUUCACCAUCCAGGAGAUGCCGGUGGUCGAUGAUGAGGAGAUCCCGUGUGAGGACGACUGGGAGUGGGGUGAGGACGAAGAUGAAGGGCCCGAUCCUGGAGAAGGUGACGAACCGGAGUCGGGGUUGAGUGUCCGGGUAGAGUCAGGACCGACUGCCUAUGCGGGGAGCGGGUCACAAGAAGGCCCGGGUUCGGCCUACCAGGCACCAACGACGGCAGCGCGGCAGGCGGCGGAGGACUAUGUCAGGGCGAUCGAGCAGGACUUCCACAACACUCCCAUGGGCUGGGCGGCCGUGCUACGGGCAGGCAACAAGCUGGUCGAGGUCGCGGGAGGAGUACGCCAAGCUGCAGAAAGUCUCUGGGAGGUAAGGGAGAAGGCCGGGAUGAUGAACCUUGCUCAGGUGGACGACCCGGAGCUGGACCGCGUGCUACACCCUCAUCUUCUGGAAUAUCUUCGAGAUGUUCGACGAUAUGGCAUGGCGGUGCAGAAGCUCAAGCCGGAUCGCUCAGUGUCGGAUGAGGUGAGAGUGGUACAUGACCAGAGGACCAUCAACUACGGGACGAAUAAGUUCCUUCACCCGCCUGCCCUUCAACCGACGCACUCGCAGAUUGCUAAACGCAUCCUGUGGGCUAAAGGUCGAUGCCCGGGCCUGCCGGUCCUCCUUUCUAAGAAGGACAUUUCUGGGGCCUUCAGGUUGUUGUGGGUCGCCCCAGAGGAUGUGGAGUUGUUCGCCGGGGAGCUGCCGUGGAACCCGAGGAAAGCAUUUCCCAACGCCACGGAGGAGGAGGUCAACCUGGAUGGCAUUCCUGCUGGGGACAUCACGGUGAUCUACCUGGUCUCCAGCUUCGGGCCGUGGGUGAGCGCGGAGGUGUUCGAGCACGGCAUCAGGACGCUUCUGGGAAACAAGGCGGUGAACGAGGAGAAGGACAAAGUGGAAGGGGCCUUCAAGACUUCGCAAACAGUGUGGGGGGUGAUCAUGUGCACCGAGGACGAGACCGCUACGCUUCCAGAGAGGCGCAUUCAGAAAGGGGCGGUCUUGCUGGCGGACAGCUGCUUUGACUAUGGCUCCAAGGAGGUCACCCUCAAGCAGCUACAACAGUUCCAAGGCAUCUUGACAGGUUGGGCAUCCAUCGUGAAGGGCCUGGUGAAUGAGCUCAAGGCGGCGGACAAGUUUCUUGCAGGCCGUGAUGGGCAUCAAAGGGUGACCCCCCGACUGCGUGGGGAAGGCAGCCAGGCGUGGGAGGCAGACCGAGCGUGGGAGGACCUAUGGGAACUCUUUGAGGUUUGUCGAUGGCUAAGUGCCCGAACAGAUCGGUGGGAAUCCUUCGCCACAGGUUUGAGGUCUAUGCUCCCUACGAUGGAGAGAUUGAGCUUGCCUGGGGAGUGGGAGAAGGUCAUUUGGGUGUCGUCGGACGCUGCGCCCUCGAUGGUGGGAGCCAUCGACUGGACCAACAGACAGGUGACACGCCUCCCCACCGGGACUUUGAAAGCAUGGGCCUCUCGGGCCCUGUCGGACUUUGAGAUUGCGGACCAGGAGACCGACCUCGUGAUCCACUUGGGGGAGAUGCUGUCCUUUGUCGCCUUCGCCUGUGCUGCUGGGGACCUAUGGAAGGGAGCGGUAGUGGCUUAUGGUGGUGACAAUACCAUCGUGAAGAACUGGCUGCAAUCCCGGAAGAGCAACACCCGAGGAGGAAGGAUCCUCAUCAGGGCCCUUAACCUGGCGGAGAUGAAGACUUCAUCACCAGGUGCACCCAGGAGGAAUUCGAUGACUUCGUGGGGGAGAAAGGCAUUCGCUUUGGAGGAUUCGGCCCGGUAUGGGGUGUGCUUUCUAUGGGGCCCGGAGAGAGAGGACGAUCGUGCACUCCAACUCCAGCUUCGUGAGAGAAGGGUGUCAAAACAAAUCCAGAGGGAGCUGGAGAUCCCUUGGAAAGCCUUCGCUGUGAAGGAGGGGCCCCCCCCAGGGAGGUGGUUGAGAGACUUCGAAGCCUUGGGAGGUGCCUUGGGAGCAGCCGAGGACGUGGGAGACAGGCCGGUGCUUCUAUGCGCUACGCUGGGGGUGGACUAUAAAGGGAAGCACAUGGAGCAGUACCUCCACAGCCUUCAACGAGAAGGAGCUCGACUGGGCUUGGUUGAAGGACCUGGUAGAGUCAACUGGGAGCGGGGUCAACGACAUUGCGAGAGCCGAGGAUGGGGCUAUGGGAUCGUCGACUUCAUCACCACGGAGAACGGGGAGGCGCUGACAAGGAGAAGGCGAUGCCUGGUGGUAAACCCACAUGGUGCUCUACCGGAAGCCUGGGAAGAGUUCCUGGUCAGGGCCAUGGGACCGGCGCCGAUGAGCUCGCUUUUGAAGCCAAAGGAGCACCACGAACUGUGUUGGACCAAGCCCUUACGCCUGGAGCUGGAGAGCGGCAUCCCGAGAGAUCGUAUGCUGCCUCAACCAGCGGGUCAUGUCUGGUGGGGUGAAGAACGAGAGGUGAUCCACGGGAUAGGAGGCCCCGGCCGUUGGCCUUUGCUUUCAGAGGACGGUGGCAGUCUACAGGGCUACUACGUCUAUGAUC